ACCGAAGAGCUCCGCCUCGCCGGGCCACCGGCCGCGGGCACCUAAUCCACAUCCGCCGUUCGCUGGUCCACGCAUGGGCGAACGGAAAGAAGCAGCGGCGCCAGGCGUGGCCUAUGAGGGAGGAGGCAGCGGCGGCAGUGGAUCGAGCUCAUGCAAAUGCGCAGCUGCUGUUUGCAAAAUCAGCAAGCGCAGCCAGCAGGGAAUCUUUAAAAAGAUGAAGCCAAUUGCUACUUAUUUUGCAACUCCACCAUCUAAUGAAUCUCAAGCUCCUGUUCAUGUUCAUGUUCCUGAACCUGAUGCGAACAUUUUAUCCACUGAAGCCUCAGAUGCAAACAUUGUAGAAGAUCUAGUUCCUGAACAUGAAGUGUAUAAUGAGGGCUCUCAUGAUAACACUUUGCAAACUUCUAUUCUAGGAUUUAGUCCAACUCACAUUGAACCUGAUCCUGGACUCCGGAAACAAAUUGGAGAUUAUCCUACUCCGGGAAUCAGAGAUGCAGUGAGGAGGGAGUAUUUGAAGAAAGGUCCAUGUCAUCCGUAUGGGCAUGAUUUUCCUUGCAACACUACAGAUAAAAGGGUAUUCAGAAAGGAGUGGUUUGACGAGUUUGAUUGGCUAGAGUAUAGUGUAAAAGAAAACAAGGCAUACUGUUUUUACUGCUAUCUCUUCAAGCAGCCAGUAAGCAAUGUCAAGUUUGGGGGCAAUGUCUUCAAUCAGGAUGGGUAUAAAAAUUGGAAGAAAGCGAUGGAAUAUUUCAGGCUUCAUGAAGGUUCGACAAAGAGUGCUCACAACAAUGCUAGAAGACAUUGUACAGAUUUCAAGAACCGGAAACAAAGUGUGGCAUAUGCAAUGACUACUCAAACUGAGAGGUCACAUCUUGAAUACCAAGAUUGUUUAAUGGCUAUUAUGGGUGUUGUGAGGUAUCUUCUUAGGCAAGGACUCGCCUUCCGUGGCCACGAUGAGUCAAAGACUUCAAGAAACAAGGGUAUUUUUCAUGAGUUGUUGGAUUGGUAUGCUAUAAGAUGCAAAGCUACAGCUGAUGUACUCAAUGACAAUGCUCCUGGGAAUCAUCAAAUGACUUGUCAUGAAAUACAAAAGCAAAUGGUACAAGCUUGCGCAGAAAAGACCACCGAAGUAAUCAUGAACGAGCUUGGGCAUAGCCAUUUCUCUCUACUUGUUGAUGAGUCUCGUGAUGCAUCCGUUAGAGAACAAAUGGCUAUUAUUAUCAGGUUUUUGAACAUAAAGGGAGAUAUUUUGGAAAGGUUAUUUGCUGUCAAGCAUGUAGUGAACACCACAUCCGCUUCUCUCAAAAGAUCCUUGGAUGAAGUGUUUGCUACCCAUGGAUUAUCCAUGUCUAGAUUGAGAGGGCAAGGUUAUGAUGGCGCCUCAAAUAUGCGUGGGCAGCUAAAUGGCUUAAAAAACUGGUGCUAGAUGAAAAUCCACAUGCGUUUUAUGUUCACUGUUUUGCCCAUCAGCUUCAAUUAGUGAUUGUGGCUGUUGUGAAGGGUAUCCUUGCUGUUAGUGAUUUCUUUGGAUAUGCAAAUAUGACUGUAACCAUGGUCAGUGCUUCUUGUAAAAGAAAGGAUGCAUUAUUACAAAAGCAUCAUGAAAAGAUUGUGUGGCAAUUAGAAAAUGGGGAGAUUCUUAAAGGAAGAGGCAAACAUCAAGAGAACUUCAGCAAGACCCGGUGAUACGCGAUGGGGAUCUCACAAUAGGACAUUGAUUCGGCUUUAUCAAAUGUGGGAUUCGGUGAUUCAAGUGCUACAUGCUAUUUAUCAUGAUGGGGAGGAUGCGGAUGAUAGAGGCAAAGCAUCAGGUUUGAUGAAAUCUAUGGAGGUCUUUGAAUUUGUUCUGAUCUUACAUUUGAUGCUUAAAGUGCUUGGUUUGACUAAUGACUUGUCACAAGCAUUGCAACAAAAGGAUCAAAACAUAGUAAGUGCAAUGAACAUGAUUGUGUCUGUUAAAAGUUUAUUGCAACAUCUAAGGAUGACGGAUGGGAGGCACUUUUGGCGGCUGCCACUUCGUUUUGUAUUAAAAGAGAGAUACCAGUGCCUAGUAUGGAUGAGAAUAUACCAGCAAGGGGUUACCCAAGGAGUUCCCGCAAAAUGGUUAGUUGCUUCCAUCACUACAAAGUUGAAAUAUUCAAUGAGGUUCUUGAUAGAAACAUAGCUGAGAUGAAUAACCGGUUCAGAGAAACUUCAACAAGGUUAUUGAUAUGCAUUGCUAGUCUAGAUCCUAGAGACUCAUUUAGCAGAUUUAAUCAUGAGAACCUACUUGAGCUUGCAUCUAUCUACUCAAUCGAGUUUGAUCCAGAAGAACAAUAUCAUUUGGAUGGCCAACUCAAGAUAUACAUUGAUAUGAUGAAAAGGUCUGAUGUUUUUUGCAGUUGUGGCAGUCUUGCUAAUCUUGCUCUCAAGUUGGUUGAAACUAAGGAACAUUUACACUUUCCUUUGGUUUACCGACUCAUCACACUUGCUUUGACUUUGCCAGUAGCGACGACAUCUGUUGAAAGAGUUUUCUCAGCCAUGAAUAUCAUUAAGACAGAUUUGAGAAAUAAGAUAUCUGAUGAUUGGUUGAAUGAUCUGAUGAUAUGCUAUGUAGAGCGAGAUAUAUUUGCUGGAAUUGAUGACAAGAAGAUCAUAGAACAUUUUCACAGCUUGAGAGACCGUAGAGGCCAUCUACCAAACCCUCCCCGUAUACUUACGACUUAGGGUAUCUAUUAGUCAUGGAGUUGGACAUUUUGGGCCAUGGAAUGCAUUAUUCAAGCAGCGGGAGUCCAAGUUAGUAGUUAUGUGUGACGUUUAUGUUGUAUUUUGUGAUUUUAGGUGGUUACAACCUAGUUCUUGAGAAUC